AUGAGCAUUCAAGCAGAAAUAGGCAUAUUGGAUCAUGUAGAUGGUUCAUCUAAAUUCGUAUCACAAGACACCAAGAUUAUAUGUUCCGUAACAGGCCCUAUUGAACCAAAGGCAAGACAAGAACUGCCUACACAAUUAGCAUUAGAAAUUAUUGUACGUCCAGCGAAAGGAGUGGCCACCACCAGGGAGAAGGUACUCGAAGACAAAUUACGUGCGGUACUGACUCCACUCAUCACUCGUCAUUGUUACCCAAGACAACUUUGUCAAAUAACUUGUCAAGUCCUGGAAUCGGGAGAAGAUGAAUCUGAAUUCUCCCUGAGAGAGCUAAGUUGUUGUAUUAAUGCGGCAUUUUUGGGUUUAGUUGAUGCAGGAAUUGCCUUGAAUAGUAUGUGCUCAAGCAUCCCUAUUGCAAUAAUGAAAGAUACUAAUGAUAUCAUUGUCAAUCCCACAGCUGAGCAAUUGAAGGUUUCGCUAUCGGUUCAUACUCUAGCGCUGGAGUUCGUCGAUGGCGGCAAAGUCGUGAAAAACGUUCUAUUGUUAGACAGCAAUGGUGAUUUUAAUGAAGACCAAUUGUUCAAUUUACUGGAAGUGGGCGAACAAAAGUGUCAAGAACUUGUCAUAAGUAUAAGAAAAAUAAUACAGGACAAUAUAUCGCCCUCUCUAGUCGUAUAG